AUGAAGCGCGGCAAGGAAGUGAGUGCCGAAUACCCGAAGGGCGAGAAGUGCGUAAAAAGCGAGGGUCUUAGGAGCAAGCUCUACUUCAAUAAGGUUUGUCUUUUUCUGUGUACGAAUGUACAGAUCUGUCUGGGUGCUGCAUAUGUGCCAUCUGGUGAUUGGCGAUCUGGACAAUCUUGGGUACCUCCCUCACUCUCCGCUCCGCAAGUGCGCGAAGCCCUUCUUGGGAAUUCUUGUUUAAGACAUGCGUUCGUUUGA